AUGAGCAAGUUUGGCGCCAUGGUCAUGGGCCCUGCGGGGGCGGGCAAGUCCACCUUUUGCGCCGCCCUCAUCACCCAUCUGCAGCUCAACCGCCGGUCGGCCUUUUACAUCAACCUCGAUCCCGCCGCCGAGUCCUUUGAGCACACACCCGACCUCGACAUCAAGGAGCUCAUCUCCCUCAAAGAUGCCAUGGAGGAGGUCGGCCUGGGGCCCAACGGCGGCCUCAUCUACUGCUUCGAGUUCCUCAUGGAGAACCUCGACUGGCUGACCGAGGCCCUGGACUCCCUCACCGAAGAGUACCUCAUCAUCAUCGACAUGCCCGGCCAGAUCGAGCUGUACACGCACAUCCCGAUCCUGCCCACCCUCGUCAAGUUCCUGUCGCAGUCGGGCGCCCUGGACAUCCGGCUCGCCGCCGUCUACCUGCUCGAGGCGACGUUUGUCGUCGACAGGGCAAAGUUCUUCGCCGGCACGUUGAGCGCCAUGAGCGCCAUGCUCAUGCUCGAGGUGCCCCACAUCAACGUCCUGUCCAAGAUGGACCUGAUCAAGGACCAGGUCAAGAAGAAGGAUCUCAAGCGCUUCCUGACGCCCGACGUGGCCCUCUUGGACGACGAUCCCUUGGAGCGUAGCAGGAGGAUCACCGAAGGUCCGGAGGGCGAAGACGACGAGUCCGUCCCGCCCGACGACAAGACCCAAGUGAUGAAGGGCUCCAGCUUCCGCCGGCUCAACAGAGCCGUGGCCGGUCUCAUUGAGAGCUUCAGUAUGAUUAACUACCUCAAGCUAGAUGUCACGGACGAAGACAGCGUGGGCGGGAUCCUCAGCCACAUUGACGACUGCAUCCAGUAUCACGAAGCUCAGGACCCCAAAGAGCCCGACGACGAGCAAGAGUACGACGAGGAAGAUUAG